AUGACAGAGACCCGUGAGCCAGCUGAGACUGGGGGCUACGCCAGCUUGGAAGAAGAUGAUGAGGACCUCUCUCCAGGCCCCGAGCAUUCCUCUGACUCCGAAUACACUCUCUCAGAGCCGGACUCCGAAGAGGAAGAAGAUGAGGAGGAGGAGGAAGAGGAGACCACUGACGACCCUGAAUAUGAUCCUGGCUACAAGGUGAAGCAGCGCCUGGGCGGGGGCCGGGGCGGCCCGUCCCGCCGGGCCCCCCGUGCAGCCCAGCCCCCGGGCCCCCCAGCCCAGCCCUGCCAGCUCUGUGGCCGCUCACCCCUUGGGGAGGCCCCACCAGGCACCCCACCUUGCCGGCUCUGCUGCCCCGCUACAGCCCCCCAGGAAGCGCCAGCCCCUGAAGGCAGGGCCCUCGGGGAGGAAGAGGAGGAGCCGCCUCGGGCUGGGGAGGGCCGACCAGCUGGGCGGGAGGAGGAGGAGGAUGAGGAGGAGGAGGAGGGCACCUACCACUGCACGGAGUGCGAGGAUUCCUUCGCCAGCCUCGGGGAGCUGCAUGGGCACUUCAUGCUGCAUGCCCGGGGGGAGGUGUAGGCAGAGCCCCCACCAGGCAGCUUGGCAGAGGGGGGUGGGAGGAGGGGACUGAGGAGAUUGGGGUGGUCGCCGUGGUCUUGGGGGAUGGGGUACCGCCGAUCUGUGUCGUCUUAGCAGUAGAUGUGUGAAGGCCAGAAUAAAAGCCAAAUUCUGUGUGUGUCGGUCCCGUGUGUAUUUGGUGUCUGUGCAUGUGUACACUCGAGUGUGAGGCACGCACCUGGGCAUUUAUCCCACCAUCCCCCUGGGCUCCUUCUUGGGGGAACCUUCGGGUCAUUGUUGCCACGAUAAUUAACAUUUACUAAGUGUUUAUGUUCAA